AUGCCACCAUCACCACCUCAACCUCAACAACAUACAGUUGUUGGUUUAAGUGGUAAUGAUAGUAAUAGUAGUGUUAAUAACAACAACGAUAACAAUAACACCCAUCAUGAUACUACUGGCAGCACUUCCACCACUACAAAGCCAUCAAAGAAGCCUUACAAGCAAUAUCCAACAACCAAUAAACCAGCUUAUAAAUCACCAGCUGGUACUUCAAAACCAGUAUAUGUUCCAAAGUAUCCAAAAGACCAUGGUAAUAACAACCCUCAAGAUUUAGAGACUAUCCCAUCAACAACUACCUCCACCGCAACCAACUAUAAUAAUAAUAAUAAUAAUGAAGGUAGUUUUCCAACAAUUGAAGGUGUUACUGUGAAGCCAGUCAAAGUUCAAAACAAAUAUAAGAAACAUGUAUAUGUACCAAAGAACUCACCUCCACUUGCUUCUCAGCCAUCGCCGUCAUCAACACCUCUUACACCUCCACAGCCUAUCAUUAACGAACCUAUAGCUAUUGCAACUGUUACUGAUCUUAACAAUGAUAACAACAAUCAUAAUAAUAAUAAUAACAACAACAACAUGAAACAAAAGAAACCAUCUUAUAAACCAUUUGCUAAACCACAAUAUGUUCCAAAACAACAAACAACUCAAAUACAUCCAUCUGCUCUACAGGUACCAAUUCCAACUCCAUUACCUGUACAGCAGCCACCACAACAAUAUCAACAACAACAACAUCAACAGCAGCAACAACAAUAUCAACAACAACAAUAUCAACAACAAACAACUCAAAUACAUCCAUCUGCUCUACAGGUUCCAAUUCCAACUCCAUUACCUGUACCGCAGCCACAUCCACAACAAUAUCAACAACAAACAACUCAAAUACAUCCAUCUGCUCUACAGGUACCAAUUCCAACUCCAUUACCUGUACCGCAGCCACAUCCACAACAAUAUCAACAACAACCAUCAGUAUUUAACAUUCCUUUGGUUUCACCAGCACCAAUUCAAAACAAUAAAAACAAGAACACAUACAAACCAAUAUCAAAGCCAGUCUAUGUACCUAAAGUACAAUCACCACCACCUCAACAACAACAACAACUCGAUCCAAUACAAGCACCACACCCUUCAUACACACCAAUGACAAUUAAACCACAACAACCACCACAUCCAUUGUUCGAUCAACAAGUAGCACCACCACCAACACAACUGGAUUCUCUUUUCCAAAUGAAAGAUCUUAUGUUUAUGAACAACAAUAACAACUCUCUUGAGCCAAAACCUUUUAUGAAUACCUUUAGUGGUGUUCCGGCGUCGACUCCAAUAGUAAAGCCAGUCCCCGUCGAAGCACCAGCUCAAAAGCCAACCAAAGUAUAUCAAAAGAAAGUAAAGCCAACCAAAGAGUAUGUGAAGGUCAAUAGCUCAGCAACGCCAGAUCUAAACAACGAGUCACCAACACUUACAUCGACAUCCACAACAACACAACCAAAGCCAAUCAAGACACCGAAAGUACCUAAACAAUACAAAAAAAAACAACCAGUAAAUAGCGAAACAACUUCAACAACAACUACCUCUACUGCAACAAAUAACACAUCCAAAAUAAAUGUGACACCAAUCAUCACCACAACUCCAAUACAACCAACACAAGCAAAGCCAAUUCCAACACCAAAGCCAGCUCCAACACAACCAACUCAAGCUCCAAUACAACCAGCACAACCAACUCCAAAGCCAACUCCAACUCAAACACAACCAACACAACCACAACCAACACCAAAGCCAGCUCCAACACCACCAACACAAGUACCAAUUUCAACACCAGCUCCAAAGCCAGCUCCAACACAACCAACACCCACACCAAAGUCAGCCCCAGCACCAACACAGGUACCAAUUCCAACACCAGUACAACCACCAGCACCAAAACCAAUUCAAAAACCAGCACCAAUUCAACCAACACAAACAACACCAUCACACGCACCAAUUCCAACACCCAAACCAAUUCAAACACCAAUACAACCAACACCAGCACCAGCACCAACACCAUCACAAACACCAAUACCAAAACAAACACCAAUACAACCAACACAAGCAUCUACACAAUCACAUAUUCUACCACCAAUAACUCCAACUCCUAUUGUGACUGUAGUAGAAUCACCAAUUCCAAUAAAGUCUGAAGUGAAACCACCAGUAGUAAAGCCAGCUCCAUCCAAACCAAACACUGAAAAUAAACUUCCGAUCAUCUCCAAUCCAUCUGGCCCCAAGUCAUCUUCUAGGGAUCUAACAGGUACUAUUCAUGUCAAAGCAAUAAGGAACAGUUCACUCAACAAUAAACCAGAUAGCAAAUCAACUGGAAAUAACAAAUCGAAACCCUCGUUAUUCUCUUUGUUGACUAGUGACAAUGAAGAUUCAGAGGAGGAAGUUGAAGAAGAAGAAGAGGAGGAAGAGGAACAAGAAGAAGAAGUAUCCGCAGUCGAUCCAACCAGCAAUAUAGAGAUCGACUUUUCUAGUUUCACAAUGGGUAAUUUGGAUUUGGAGGUCGAUAUCAAUGAUAUGCCAGGAUUGGAAUUCCUCGGUACCUCUCAAGAGCAAUCAAAGAAUGCCAGAGAUGUUAACAACAACAACAACAACCACCACAAGAAGCACAACAAGAAGAAUAAGAACAAGAAGAAGAGUAACAAGAAUAACAACAACAACAACAAGUCGAAAUCCAAGACAAAGUCCAAAUCCAAGUCGAAAUCGAAACCAAAGCAUGGAAUUGAGGAUUUCCUUAGAGCCAGAGGUGUCGAUGCCGAAGAAAUCGACUCGUUUGUCAAUCCAAAGAUGCCAUCGAGAUCGGUAUUUGGCGAUGCCACCUACUAUGAGAAUGUCCAUCACUACGACGACGACUCUGACGACGACAGUGACGGUUGGUGCGACUAUCACCAGUGCUACCACAACAAGGGCGGCGACAAUCGUAGCACUCUUAGAAAGAACAGAAAUAAACCCAAAGGCAAUGCCGAAAUUCUCAGCAACCUCUUUAAGAGCAUGUUUGGUGGAAUGCAAGAAUCCGACGACGACGACAGUUACUAUGGUGAUUCCGACGACGACUAUGACGACUCUGACGACGGUGGUUACUACGGUGAUUCCGACGAGGACGACUUCUACGAGGAGAACGCUGUCAACGCCAGCAUCGACGGUUACUACAACGGCAAAUACGACAAGUUACGUGACCAUGAUUUCGCUAUCUUCCACACAGGACCCAAAGACAAAUCGAGGGCAUCGAAGGUGUACAUCACCACCAAGGAGGUUGAGUUGCCCUACCAGCUUGAGCAGUACGAGAAGAAUGUACCGAAGUGCUUUUACUGCACCAAAGAGUAUUUCGAGAGCGACAAGCACGAUUUCCAACACUAUCUCCAUCACAAGUUUGAGCCAACCAAGGUCAACUACGAGUUCCCCGACGGUACCAAAGAAGUGGUUGCACUCAACAACUUCCCAGACUACAGAAAGCAUAUCUUCUUCCAAAAGAUCAAGGGAAUGCUAACUCAAUAUUGUAGUCAUCAUUCAUCAGAAACCUCUGAAACAUAA